AUGCCUGAAGCUGAGGUAGUUUACUCCGAUGUGAAGUUUGCAAGAGGAAAAAAGGGAGCCAAUGAGGCCGUUACCCCAUCGACUGACUCAACUUACUCCGAAAUCAAGAUCUCAAAGAUUCAGCCAUCCACAGCAGAGCUGUCUGACAGUGCUCAACAAGCUGUGGUGAGCAAAGGGUCAAAGGUCACCUCAGAGAGAGUGGUCCUGGUGGUUCUCAGUGUUCUCCUGGCAGCUGCUCUCAUUGCUCUGUGUUUUACCAAUGAUCCUUGUUAUAAAUGUGAAGAAGGCUGGGAGCUACAUGGAGAAAAGUGCUAUUACUUCUCCAUCAGUAAAUCAUCCUGGAAACAGAGCAGAGAUGAGUGUAGAGCUAAAGAAGGAGACCUGGUUAAGAUAGACAGCAGGGAGGAGCAGACUUUCCUGGAGAGAAGACUGAGAGAUGUAAUGACUAGAGAUGAGGACAAGUUCUGGAUCGGACUGACAGACUCAGCAGUAGAGGGCAGAUGGGUGUGGGUGGACGGAUCACCACUGGAUCAAAGUUUGAAGUUUUGGAGUGGCAACGAGCCAGACAAUUGGAAAGGGCGCAAUGGUGAACAUCCUGAUGGAGAGGACUGUGCGAGGAUGGGAGCAAAAGGUGGAGCUGAUGAUCUGAAGUGUUGGUUUGAUGCAUUUUGCUCAAAGCCUCAAAGAAGUAUUUGUGAGAAAUCAGAAGUUAAAGGACAGUUUAAAAAAUGUGACUUUACUGCACUAUAUAGUAGGUGGUUCUAUGUCAGCGAAGAACAACACUUCGCCGUGGCUGUAAGUAGUGUCAGAGUAAUAGUGGAUGAUGAGCAGCAG